AUGUGUUGUGAAUAUUCUUUUAAUGAUAGGCUUCCUUACAAUGGCAGUCAAUUGCAUUGCACACAAAAAAUACAACAAGUCGCAAGUCAUUUAUUUGUUCCUUAUAUUGCCAUUUUUAUAUCAAAUGGUUUACAAUUAAGAAAUUAUUUAUUGUUUAAUCCACCUGAUAUGACUGGAAUUAAUUUCGACUCAAAUCCAACUGAAUUUGCUAAUAUCACUAGCAUGUCUUAUGCUAAAGAAUACUUAAAUUGA